GGAAGUGAAUGGUGCCCGCUUUGUGUGCUACUGCAAAACAUGGCUCUCAACUUCCAGACAUCCACUCUUUCACUGACUCUGCCGAUUUCUUGUCAAAUAUGUCUCGGAAAGGUCAAGCAGCCGGUCAUUUGUGCCAACCACCACGUGUUCUGUUCAGUCUGCAUGGAAAUGUGGUUGAAGAAAGCCAGUCAGUGUCCCACCUGCAGAGUCCCCAUCACAGCAGAAAACCCCUGCAGAGAAAUCAUCGGAGGAUCUAAUGAGAGUGACCACAGUGACAGCCUGUCUGUGAGGAAAUGUCUCAGAAAAACCAGAGGAGAACUGCUUCUACGUGAGUAUGAGGAUGAAAUAGAAGGGCUCAUUAGAGAAAUGAGGAGCUAA